UACAGCUAUAUGUGGUUUCAAUUAGAAUUUUUAUAAUGCUUCAGACGGAGCAAAUUAACUAAUGGUUUGUUUCCCUAUUCAAAUAUGGCGACUUAGUUCCGGGAUUGUUUUUAUGCUUUUGUGACGUCACAUCAAGCGACAAGCAACACGAAAACCGGGAUGGAAAUUAACGCUGCAUACUUAUUCCGGUUUGUGGGAAAUCCUUACUUGAGAAUGGCUAACUACAUAGCAUGUAUUCGAUAAUCUACUACAGCGUAGCAACCACAUUUUGCAGCCCUCCAACAGUGGCUCAAAAAAUCCAAUGCAGAACUUGAGAAGUACGUUUCCCCAAAAUCAUUGUCUGGCUUCCUCACUGUUAAAGUAUCUGACUUACUCAUUGAUAAUGAACGCCGACCAGAAAAUGCCUGAAAAGAUCUUGAAUCAUGUAUUGCAAAUAAUUUAUCUGCUGACUGGAGAGGUCUCUGCUUUACAUCUUUUCUCUAAAUCACAGUUGAAGAAUACAGAGAAGAACAUUUCUGAGGGUAUCUUGAAUCACACCAUGGGGAUCAUUUGCCUGCUGACUGGGGAGGAAUACACCGUUGUUAAGAAGAAUUCCCCCCACAGUAACAUUGACCAGCUGGCUGAAGAGGUCCCUAUAAAGUGUGGUGACAUUGCAAUAUAUUUUUCUAUGGAGGAAUGGGAGUAUAUAGAGGAACAUAAGGAGCUUUACAAGGAUGUCAUGAAGGAGAAUCAGCAGAUACUCGAGACUGUGGAAAAACCAAUUAUAGAAACCACUGGUGACAUUAAGAUUGAUGAUCAAUUAAAUGUUGAAGAAACAGAAGAUCUAUGUGAGAAGAUCCAAUCGGAAGCUUCAGAAGAGGAACUCUGUGACAGUAUCGGCACAGAUUCUCCAGAUGAAGAUAUGCUUUAUAUGUCUGUUAUUGAGGAUGACGAAGAUGAGAAGUCUAUUCAGAAGGUGCUAAUAGCUUCAGACCCCUGUUCAGGAGAACCUAUGAUUGUAACAAAAAUUGAGGAAGAGGACGAGUCAUAUGAUAUGGUUCAGUCUGAGCAUGAAACUCACAUAAACUCUAGCACAGAUUUAUUCACAGACAGCAAUAGACUGUCCCACAAUCAAGCAUCUUUUGUGAUGAAAGAUAACUUUGGAAAAUACUGUUCUCAGGAGACAAAUAAUCAUUUCCCAAGUACACCAAGCAAAAGUCUUAAGGGACCUGCCACAACUGGUUAUCCGAGUGAUUAUGCUAAUAAAAUCCACCAAGUAUGUGCAAAACCACAGGGCUCUCGUAAAAAAUUGUCAGCAAAGCAUUCUAAAUGCAGUAAAGAUGGUGAAAAGUUAGAUGGUAAAUCAACUUGUAGGUCUGGCCAUUAUUCAAGUCAGAAAUCAAAUCGUUUUAGACAUCGGAAAUACCGCAGGAACGGAAAAAAAUUUGUAUGUUCUGAUUGUGGCAAAUGUUUUGUUAAGUCCGAUCUUAUCAGACAUCAAAGAACUCACACAGGAGAAAAACCAUUCAAAUGUUCAGACUGUGGAAAAUGUUUCACUCGUAACUCAAGUCUUAAUGCUCACAUGACAAUUCAUACAGGGGAAAAAUCGUAUACAUGUGCUGACUGUGGGAAGUGCUUCAGUCGUAGUUCAAAUCUUAAUUCUCAUAAGAAAAUUCAUACAGGAGAAAAAUCCUAUACAUGUUCCGACUGUGGGAAAUCAUUUUCUAGCGGAUCAGUGCUUGUUAUCCAUAAGAGAAUACACACAGGAGAGAAGCCGUUUGCAUGCUCUGAGUGUAACAAAUGUUUUGUUAGCAGCUCAGAACUUGCUAAACAUAAGCGAAAACACACAGGAGUAAAGCCAUUUUCAUGUGCGGAGUGUGAGAAAUCUUUUGCUAGCCAUUCAGGGUUUGUAAUACAUAUGAGGUCACACACAGGAGAAAAACCAUUUGUGUGCUCCGAGUGCGGGAAAAGCUUUACAAGUAAUUCAGCGCUUGUUAUGCAUAAGAGACGCCACACAGGAGAAAAGCCAUUUGUGUGCACUGACUGUGGAAAAUGUUUUGCAACUAAUGGAGUGCUGGUUAUUCAUAAAAUAAUACACACAGGAGAAAAACCAUUUGUGUGUGCGGAUUGCGGUAAAUGCUUCACACAGAAAGCAAGUCUUUUUAAGCAUCAGAGAUUUCAUAUGGGAGAUAAACCAAUAUGUGGAGCAAAUUAUUUAUCCGUUGCGUUCAUUUCGGUUCACAGAAACACCAGCAGAAUGUCAGCGGUGUGGAAAUAUUUUAAAAUUAAUGAGGAAAACCCACGGAUGGCAGACUGCAAACUUUGUUCUUCAAAACUAUCAAGAGGUGGUGCAAAAGUCAGUUCUUAUAAUACCAGUAAUCUGAUAAAGCACUUGAAAUUAAAACAUAAAAGUGAGCAUGGAGAAUUCGCCACUCUUGCUAGCAGUAGCACUCAUCAGCCAACUCUGCAGCAAACUUUAGCAAGAAGAGAAAAGCUGUCAAGAGACAACCCGAGAGCUGUAAAAAUAACCGAGGCCCUCACCCAAUUGAUUAUUCUGGAUGAUCAACCCCUUUCAAUUGUGGAUAACAUGGGUUUUUGUCGAUUUAUCAAUGUUUUGGAGCCGAAGUAUGACAUUCCCAGUCGCCGCUAUAUCGCAGACGUCAUCUUACCGCAGAUACACAAUACAGUUAAAAAGCACAUUACCAUCAUGUUGCAGGAGAAGAUAAAGGCGAUUAGCUUCACCACUGACAUCUGGAGCAGUAGUGUGAGUCCACUGUCUCUCAUCAGCUUAACAGUGCAGUGGAUAGAUGACGAAUUCUCUCUUCGACAGGUCAUGCUCCACGCAAAGAAAUUUGAUGGCUCUCACACUGGCCAAGCAAUAGCAAGCAUACUUGAGGAAAUGCUUCAGACUUGGGCUAUUCCCAAAGGUUCUGUUCAUGUUGUGGUCCGGGACAAUGCCAAAUACAUGAUAAAAGGCAUGGAAGAUGCAGGACUUCCCAGUAUUUCAUGUGUGGCACAUACACUACAGCUGGCUGUCUCAGAAGGGCUGUUAUCACAGUGCAGCAUUUCGGAUGCUGUGGGAGUCGGGCGCAGAAUAGUUGGCCACUUCAAACAUUCUAACCUGGCAUACUCUCGGCUGCAGGACAUCCAGAUACAGCUUGGUCAACCAAUUAAAAGACUCCAACAAGAUGUGCAAACUCGUUGGAACAGCACAUUUUACAUGCUGCAGUCUCUGAUUGAGCAGAAACAGGCCCUUGGAGUGUAUGUUUCUGAACAUGAGCUCCCUGCCACUAUUACUGCAAACCAGUGGAAUCUGAUGGAGAAGAUGCUAAAUAUCUUGGGUCCUUUUGAAGAGCUGACUUGUCAAAGAGUUUUAUCAAAAGUGGAUGAGGACCAUGGUAUUAAAACAAUGAAGAGCACUUUGCUUGCUGCUUUGCAGAAGCGCUUCUCUGAUGCAGAGCAAAACCCACUUUACUGUAUCGCAACUUUACUCGAUCCAAGGUAUAAAGAUCGAUUUUUCACUAAUGCACACAUUUCCAGGCAGGCAAAAGAAAUGUUCAUACUGGGACAGCAAAACAUUUCUGAAGAGAUAGAGGAGCAUGAAGAACCAGCUGCCAAGAGGCCUCACCAUGACCAGCCAGGUACCAGUCUGGACAGCGUCUUUGCAGAAAUUGCUGGUGAAUGUCCAUCUCCAUCUGAGAGCAGUGCUUACAAAGCUGCUACUAUACAACUGGAAGCUUACCUGGGGGAGAUCACUCAUAAUCUUCGUUUUACCAUGAAUAUGAGUAGAACAGAGAUGCCUUUCCUUGAUGUUCUUAUUAAACCAAACACAAAUGAAUGUCGUGUAGAAGUAGAACUAUAUAGGAAAGAGAGUGCAGGUAAUACUCUGCUAAUGGCCAAAUCUAGUCACCCAAGACAUGUAAUAAAGGCAAACCCCAAGGGCCAAUAUAUGAGGACGAAGAGAAAUUGCAGCACGGAAAGUGCAUACGAGGUGCAUUCUGAGAGAACCACUGAGCGGUUCCUGGAAAGGGGAUAUAAAAUUGAUGACUUGAAGGAAGCAAAGACCAAAGUGGAUGAUAUGACAAGGCAAGAUUUGAUUACAUAUAAGACUCAGAAAAAGGUUAAUUACCAGCAGAAACCAGUAUUCAUUACGGCCUAUAGCAAAGAAUAUGAUAAUAUUUGUCAAAUAAUUAAGAAAUCCCUCCCCAUACUUAGGGUAGAUGACACCAUGGAUAAGAUAGUGGAAGGGGGAUGUAAAUUUGUAACAAGGAAAUCUAGGACUCUGGCGAAUAUUCUUUCUCCGUCUAUGCUCCCCACAGUUGCCAGUGAAAACUGGUUAACUCUGAAGAAAGGUUUCUUCCACUGUGGCAGUAGAAGGUGCAUUUCAUGCACCCAUGCCACACUGGGGGAUACGUUCAAAUCUACCGAUAAUGAAAAAUCCUUUCAUAUAAAGGAAUACAUUAAUUGUAAUACAUCUUACGUGAUUUAUCUACUCACGUGCAAACAAUGCAACAUUAAAUAUGUUGGCCAGACGACCAGACCCCUCAAAACAAGGUUCCUGGAGCAUCUGAGAUCCAUCAGUGAUGAGGACUCGGAUGCUCCAGUUGCCUUACAUUUCAAGUCUGAACAUAAUGGCAAUAGUAAACUACUAUGCUUUCAGGGUAUUGAGCACAUGAAGAAAUACAAGAAGCAGAUGGCUGAGCAGUUCUUGAGUCAUGCCCUAGGAAUCAUCUACCUGCUGACUGGAGAGGAAUACACGAUUGUGAAAAAGAAUCCCCCCCGCAAUAACAUUAAUCAGCUAAAUGCAGAGAUGCCUGUAAAGUGUGAUGACAUUGCAGUGUAUUUCUCUAUGGAGGAAUGGAAGUAUGUAGAAGGACACAAGGAGAUUUACAAAGACGUCUUGAUCGAGAAUCACCAGACACUAAGGAGUUUUGAAAUCUCGACACAUGAGAACCCAGAUCACCAUGAUGAUAAUCUAGAUACGGAGUUACUUAGUGAAGAUGAAGAUGAUGAGAGACUUGUAAAGAAAGGUCCACAAGCCAAGACCCUUGUAGAUCUCUGCUCAGGUGACAUGAAAGUUGCUGAUCAAACAGAUGAAGUGUGUGUAGUGAGUCUUGAUGAGGUUUUAGAAAAGGAAAUCUGUGACCAUAUCAGCACAGAUCACCAUGAUGAAAAUCAGGUCACAAUGUCUAUUAAAGAUAUGCAAGAUGAAGUGGAUGUUUAUCAGGUGGAAUCUCAUUCAGACUCCUGUACAGAGAACUCAUUUAAAACAGAUGAAAAUAACAGGGUUGCUAUUGAAGAAUCAAACCCAACACUCUCUCUGAUUGAAAAUACAACAGAAGAUAAUUUCAGUUUUGCUACUCAGCAACAUCAAGAAAAUCUCUCUGAUAAAUACUCAUCUGAAGAAUCAUGUGAGAUAAGAAAUUUCACAUCUAUUUCAAGAUCUUUCAAAAGUGAGGAAGAUUCCUACUGUCUAGAUGAGUAUGUUUUCAACAACUGUUACAAUGCACCAUCUACUUCUAGGACUGUUAACAUGAAAGAUCCAGCAAAUUGCGCAGUGCAGGUUAGCAGCCUAGAGCAUGAUACAUAUCAGGACUCAAAGUCUAUAGACAAACCAUACCUCUGCCAACUUGUUAAACACACUGGUACACAUUCAAAAAAGAACAAACAUGUUUGCAUGCAAUGUGGAAAAGACUUCUCUCAUUUAUCCAGUUGGGUAAGGCACAAUAGAAUUCACACUGGUGAGAAGCCGUAUGUUUGCCAGCAGUGUGGAAAAGGCUUCUCUCAAAAAUCAGAUUUGGUAAUACAUCACAGAACUCAUACAGGAGAGAAGCCUUAUGCUUGCCAGAAAUGUGGGAAAAGCUUCUCACAUAGUUCCAGUCUGGUUGCUCACCAUCGAACACACACACGAGAGAGACCAUUUAUUUGCCAGCAUUGUGGUAAAGGCUUCUUCAGAAGUUCUAAUUUGCAUGAACACCAAACAAUCCAUACAGGAAAGAAUGUAUAUGUUUGCCAGAAAUGUGGUAAAGGCUUUUCUCGGAGGUCAAAUUUGGUUGUACACCACAGAACCCAUACAGGAGUGAAGCCAUUUGUUUGUCAGGUAUGUAAUAAAGGCUUCUGUCAAAUGUCAAAUUUGAUUUCACACAAUAGAACCCAUACAGGAGAGAAGCCAUAUGUUUGUCAAAAAUGUGGUAAGGGCUUCUCAAGGCGCUUUACUUUGAAUGAGCACUAUAGGACACACAUUGGAGAAAAUCCAUAUGUUUGCCAGAAAUGUGGGAAAGGUUUUUCUAACAGCGCUAGUUUGGUUGCACAUCACAAAACCCAUAAAUCGGAGAAGUCUUGUUUGUGACAAUUCUUAAAAAUGCUUUAUUCAUUUAUUUAUAUUGGCCAGCUUGUACAAAAAGCAAAAAAUACAUUACUUUUUGUUUAUGUAUAAACUUAAUAUUGGAGAGAUCAAAUAUUUGUAAAAAAAAUUGUAAUUAUUGAACACUAAGAGAAUAUUGUAUGAGUGAAUCAUCUGGUUUACCAAAACUAUUUGAAUUGAUUCUCUAAUAGUUCUUUUUCUACAAUAUUUUACUCAUGCAGAAUAGAAACUACACUGGAUUUGAAAAGUCUAUUCUACUUUAUGGACAGCUUUUGUUGAUUUAAGUUCGGAAGACAAAUUAUAUCAAAGUUAUUUAACCUAUUAAUAAAAUAUUGUAACCUUGUAAUUUGUUCAGAUAUAACCAAUAAAUGCCGUCUUACAUCAA